AUGGGGCUGCACCAGGCGUUGCUGCUGCUGCUGCUGAGCUCCCCGGUGCUGGCCCAGGUCACGGUCCCGCUGCGGCUGCCCACGAACGCCACGGGAGAGGGGCGGGCGCUGGGUCUGCCAGUGCGACAGCGUGGGCUGCAGGACCUGGACCCAGCUCAAGAAACUGGGCAAGAGAUACUAUUUGAAGUGCUUCACUUUCCACCUUUCUUUUGUAGUGUCUUUUUAUCUGAUGAUUUCAGGAUUUACGUGUCUAAUGAGAAAGGCUCUUUGCGCCCUGAUUCAACCCUUUUCAAGGGCGGCUGCCACUACUCGGGGUACGUCGAGGGCUUCCCCAGCUCGGCAGUGACCCUCAGCACCUGCUCGGGGCUCCGGGGCUUGCUGCAGUUUGAGAACGUCAGCUACGGGAUUGAGCCCCUGGGUCAUUCUCCUGCCUUCGAGCACUUCGUGUACCGAGUGAGGAACGAGAAGGCAGCGGGUUCCCUCCUGGCCACCAGCCCCCCCGAGGGAGGGCCGGGCGGGCUGACAGCAGAGGAGAUGGCGAGCAAAGCCCCCGGAGGGGACCGAGUGAGUGGGCGUCUGCUCCCGCGGUGGGGCCGGUGUCCCCGUCACACGAGGGGGGCUCCGAUGCCGCAGGGAGCUUUGGCCGGUGGUGUCUGGAUGGACGGGGGGCAGGUUGAGGAGUGCCAGUGCCCGCUGCCAGCUGAAGCACGAUCUCCCAAGUACUUCAAAGUGUACGUAGUUUUGGACAAGGCUUUGUACAGCUAUAUGGGCUCAGACACCAAUGCUGCAAUGCAGAAGAUAAUCCAGGUCUUCAAUUUAGUCAACAGUGAGGUUAUGGAAAAAAUUCCAGGCGUUUCCUCCGUUACUUUUCAGAUGUUUAAUCCUCUUAAUGUUACCAUCGUGCUGUCCUCCCUGGAGCUGUGGAAAGAGGAGAACAAAAUAUCGACAGCGGGGGAAGCAGAUGUCCUUCUACAGCGAUUUUUACAGUGGAAACAGUCACAUCUCGCUCAGCGGCCGUACGACAUAGCUUGUCUGUCAGUGUACAGGGACCGAGCGGAGUUCGUGGGUGCAACGGCCCUGGGGAAGGCGUGUCAGAGAGACGCUGCUGGCGCAGUGGCCGUGUACCAAAGGGCCGUGAUGCUGGAGUCCUUCUCCGCCCUCCUGGCCCAGCUGCUGGCACGCAGCCUGGGCGUAAACUACGACGACCCACGAGAAUGUCGCUGCCCCGGGAGCGUCUGCAUCAUGACCCUGGAGGCGCUAAAGACACCCAGGGAACCACUGUGCCUUGUCCCGGCACCCGAACGGGUCCUUGAAGUGCACAGAGAUUUUGAGAGCGCGAGUGGACGUGUUACCACAAACGACUAUGCACAAGGGCUUUAUUUUAGAGGUUCCAGUGGGGCAAAGGCCUUUAGCAACUGCAGCAUCGAGGACUUUGAGACCUUCCUGAGGCACGGUGGAGGCGCCUGCCUGUUCCAUCCACCCCGCUUGACCGGACUCUCCUACCGGCGCGCGCCCGUCUGCGGCAACGGCGUGGUGGAGCCGGGCGAGCAGUGCGACUGCGGGGCGGCCGAGGCAUGCUUGAAGGAUAAAUGCUGUACUAAAACAUGCCGGUUUAAGCCAGGAGCGGAAUGUUCCUCUGGAUUAUGUUGUAGUGGAUGUCAGUUCAAGCGGAAAAACUCGCCGUGCCGCCCCGCCGCCGACGCGCAGUGCGACCUGGCCGAGUUCUGCAACGGGUCCUCCGCAUCCUGCCCCCCCGACCUGUACGUGCAGGACGGGCACGGCUGCGAGCACGGCACCGGCUACUGCUACAAGGGACGCUGCCGGUCUCCGGACCUGCAGUGCCGGCAGCUCUACGGGAGAGGUUCAAAAAAUGCUCCUAUGACUUGUUACGAGGAAAUCAAUAGUCAGCGGGACAGAUUUGGACACUGCGGGCUCCGGCGCUUCGGAGGUUAUAAGCCCUGUGCUAGGAGGGAUCUCAGGUGUGGAAAGUUAAUCUGCACGUACCCGCACAGCUCCCCACUUCCAUCAGUCGCCGCCGCCGUCCUUUACGCCCAAGUGCGCAAGCAUCUGUGUGUAUCUAUGGAUUACUUCAAAACGCCAGCAAAGCUGGAUCCUCUUCUGGUUCCGCCAGGUACAAAGUGUGGUUCUGGAAAGGUGUGUAUAAACGGCACUUGUCACCCACACUCGGUCCUGGGGAGCGACUGUGACAGCAAAGUGAAGUGCCACGGCCACGGCGUGUGCAAUAACGAGGGACACUGCCACUGUCACCCUGGCUGGCAGCCCCCCGACUGCCUGCGGAAGGGAUCCCGCCCGGGGGGAAGCAUCGACAGCAGCCUCCAGGUGACAGAAGGUGGCCUCUCCCUGCCGCAAACGACGAAGGACACGACACUGGUCCGGACGGUGCUGGGCUUCUGCCUCCCCCUGCUCAUCCUCACCGGGGCCGCCUGCCUCGUCCUCUGGUGCUGCAGGCAGCAGACCCCGAGCACCGAGGGCUCCGCCACCGAGGAGGGCAGCGACCCCUCGGAGCCGGACCCAGAGCCGGAGCUGGACAUUGAGCCGGAGCUGGAGAGUGAGCCGGAGCCCGAGCCCGAGCCGGGGCCGAGCCCGGGGCCGCGCCGCGGGCGCUAAUAAAGGCGUUGGGAGAAACCGCGUGUCCGCGCCGCUGAGCGGGGGCGGUGGGGCCGGGCGGGCCGGGGCCGUUACCGGCCGGCGGGGCGGAUGGGGCCGUUACCGGCGGGGCCGGGGCCGUUACCGGGGAGGAUGGGGCCGCGCCGGGCGCUGCUGGCCGCGCUGUGUGAGUGAGAGCCCCCGCUCCCCCCCACCCCGCGGUCCCCCCCCGCAGGGACCGACCCCAGCAGCCUCCAGGCCCGGAAACCGACACGUGCGGGGAACUGACGUCACACCCCGCA